GAGUGCUGAAGGGGUGCAAAGCGCUCGGGAUAAGUAAGAAGGGGCGUGGAGGGGCUGGGAUAGCCAAUAGUCCUUCUCUUAGGAGGGACUUGUGAACCCGAGAGUUGUCGGACUUCGUCGCUGCAAAGCUGUUAAGGGGAAUGACUUAAACUAAGCAGAAAGGUGGCUGACCGAUCAAGGACUACAGAUACCUCCAGAGUUAUUCCGGACAGUUUCAAGUGCGGAGCUGUAGAGUGAAAAAAAAUAUGUGCUCCUUCUGACGUGCCGUGAUUCCUGAAAGAAAACUGGGUCGCCCGGGACGGCAAAGAGCCACUGCUUCACUGAAUAUUGAUAACAGGAAAAAAGGCGCAAUUCACAAGUAAAGAGCAACUUGUCAUUUUAUUUUUUUAAUUAGUACUUUUUUUUUUUACACGCGACAUAUUGUAAUGACAAGCAAAGCUCGGAAGGGGCACAGCUGGAAAGUUUCUUGACCUCCUCGGAACUGACAAGUAAAGGAUUCUUUUGCAUCCACAGAACUUAUAAUUCGAGUUGAUAGUUUUCUUUACUUUGCAGAUCGGACUGAGAAGCAAGCAGAGAGAGACGCCUGCAACUGACAAAAGAGUACCUGCUUAGAACUAACUUCUGCAAGUUAAAUUAAAGUACAUCGAACAUGCAAUAAGGAGUUUUGAGACGAAAAGUAACUUAAUGACUGGGGAAGAAGGAACACAUUUGCACUAUACUGUCAACAUCAGCAUGGCAUCUUUUUGGAUUUAAAUAUUUAAUGUUUUACGACGAUUGCGCAUUCUCCGGUAAGAGUGGACAGCCUCUAGGACAAUGGCGCUUUUUGGACACGGAUUUUAUUUGCUUCUGUUCCUUUUGCGCACUCACUGGCAGGAUGCAGCUGGCAGCCAGGUGGGUCAGGAGUUUCGGGUUCUGGAAGAACAGCCCGUGGGCACCUAUGUGGGUACUAUACCAACAAAGCCGACUUUUACCUAUCGUUUUAGCGAGAAUCAUAAACUGUUCGCGAUCAACGGGACCACAGGUGUGAUUUAUAGCACAGCUGUGAUAGACCGGGAAAGUUUGCCAAGUGACGUGAUCAAUGUGGUGGUGCUGUCCAGUCAGCCGACAUACCCAACUGAAGUGAGGAUUUUAGUGGUGGACAUUAACGACAACGCUCCUAUCUUCCCCGAUCCGUCCAUCGUGGUGUCCUUUAAGGAGGAUGCAAGCAGAGGAAGACAGGUGAUUUUAGACACAGCGACGGAUGCAGACAUCGGAAGUAACGGCGUGGACCACACCACUUACCGGAUAGUGCAGGGUAACGAGUUGGGCAAAUUCCGCUUGGAUAUUACCGUUAACCCCAGCGGAGAAGGGGCAUUCCUGCACUUGGUGUCCACUGGAGGCCUGGAUAGAGAAAUCACGCCAUUCUAUCAGUUGCUGGUCGAAGUGGAGGACAGAGGCACCCCAAAGAAGGUCGGCUACUUGCAGGUGAACGUAACGAUUCAGGACGUAAACGACAAUCCUCCGGUGUUCGAACACGAGAACUAUGAGAGCAGCGUUCCCGAGGACUCAGAGGUGGGUGCUAGCGUGCUGCGGGUGGCGGCGCUCGACAGGGACGAGGGUGCCAACGCUGACAUCCGCUACUCGCUGGACCCUGAGAGCACGCCGUUUCAAAUUGACCCGAUUGUGGGAAUCGUCAGCAUCAGGGAGCCUCUGGACUUUGAAGUCAAAAGGUUAUACUCGUUGACUAUUCACGCUGUAGACGGUGGAGUGCCCGCCCUCUCAGGUAGGUCAGAGGCGACAGUGCGGCUUGUGGACGUCAAUGACAAUGAGCCAGUGAUCAAGUUCAGAUACUUCCCCGCCACGUCCAAGUUCGCCUCCGUAGACGAGAAUGCGCAGAUUGGCACCGUUGUCGCCCUGCUGACCGUCUCGGAUGCCGAUUCCUCGACCGCUAACGGGAAUAUUUCUGUUUCGAUCUUGGGUGGAAACGAACAGAGGCACUUUGACGUGCAUUCCUCCCCCGUCCCGCACUUAAGUUUGAUUAAAGUGGCCAGUGUGCUGGACAGAGAGCGCAUUUCCUCUUACAACCUCACUGUCUCCGUGUCGGAUAACGGCCAGCCGGUGUCUAGAUCCUCUUUAGCCAGUUUAGUGAUUUUUGUGAAUGACAUUAACGACCACCCGCCGGUCUUCCAAGAAAGUAUAUACAGGGUUAACAUCAGCGAGGAGUUGCCCAAAGGCAGCUACAUUAAGGGGGUGUCGGCCACAGAUGGGGAUUCAGGGCAAAACGCCAACCUGCGCUACUCCAUAGUGUCAGGAAAUACUUUAGGCUGGUUUGCCAUCAGCGAGAACAGCGGCUUGGUCACCAGCGCCGCCUUGCUAGAUAGAGAGGUCGCCUCUGACAUUGUUCUCAACAUCAGUGCCAAAGACCAAGGAGUGCAGCCUAAAAUCUCCUAUACUAAGCUCCUGGUGAGCAUUACUGAUGUAAAUGACCAAGUGCCUACUUUUACGCAAAGCGUCUAUCUCUUCUCCAUCCCGGAGAACUCACUUCCGGGAACGGAAAUAACGGUGCUGUCAGCUACCGAUAACGACAAAGGUGCCAACGGAACGGUGCGUUUCGCUUUUGAUUCGGAGACGCCCGUUACUUUUAAAGAUCUUUUCCGUCUGGAUCCAGUUUCUGGGAGAUUAAGCACAGCAAUCGUUUUAGACAGAGAGGAGAAAGAAACUUAUCAACUGUUCAUCCAGGCAGCAGACGGCGGCUCUCCGCCGCUUUCCUCUGUGGCUAAAGUUAAUGUCACAUUAAAAGAUAUAAAUGAUAACAGCCCAGUUUUUUACCCAGUACAGUAUUUCGCAAACAUUAAAGAAAAUGAACCCCCUGGCUCCUAUGUCACCAGUGUUUCAGCCACAGACCCAGAUCUGGGCAAGAAUGGGACUGUCAGAUAUUUCAUCACAGCAGGGGACACAUCUGCCUUCCAAAUAAACAGCAUUACAGGUGUUAUCACUUCAAGAAUUUCACUAGACAGGGAACAAAAGACAGCUUACCAACUACAGGUCACUGCAGCAGACAGUGGGAAUCUGCGCUCCCAAACUCCAGCACUUGUCACAGUCACUGUCAUUGACACACAAGACAACCCACCUGCCUUCACACAAAGCUCUUACAGCUUUGUUAUUUUUGAAAAUGUCGACUUUGGAACCACUGUUGGCACUGUGUCUGCCUCCACACCUGACCUGAACACCAAUAUUACCUACCUGAUCACAUCUGGAGACCAAAGGGGCUUGUUUGCAAUAGACAGUUCCAUGGGCCAAAUUAGCACAGUUGGGGUUAUAGACAGAGAGGAGCUGGCAUUUUAUCAACUGAAAGUCAUAGCAAAAGGCGGGGAGGUGACAGGAGAAACUUUGGUGAACAUCACUGUCAAGGACUUGAAUGACAAUGCACCAUGCUUCCCUCAUGCUGUUGAACAUGUCAGCGCAGUUGAAAGCUGGAGGGCGGGUCACACCAUUCUGCAAGUGAAAGCUGCUGACCCCGACGAGGGCACAAAUGGGUUUAUUGUCUAUAGCCUCAGAGAAAACCCAAAUGGCUUAUUUCAUAUCAGUGAAAAGCAUGGACAGAUCUCUCUGACUGGUCCACUCGAAGUCACUUUUGGAUCAUAUAACCUUGAGGUUCUGGCGUCUGAUAUGGGUGUCCCCCAGCUUACCUCCAACUUGAAUGUGACUGUCCAUGUGUAUGAUGUAAAUGACCACCCCCCAGUGUUUGACCACUUGUCUUAUGAAGUUACUAUUCUGGAAUCUGAACCAGUGAACACUCAGUUUUUUAAAGUACAUGCCACAGACAAAGACUCAGGUUUGAAUGGGGAGGUAACCUAUUCUAUUAUAGGUGGAAAUAAAGAAGAUUCUUUUGGCAUUUUCCCUGACGGUCAGCUGUAUAUCAAGGCGGAUUUAGAUAGAGAGGUGCAGGAGAGGUAUAGCUUGCUCGUGGUGGCAUCAGACCAGGCAGUAGAGGCACUUACUGCAGCAGUGAAUGUAACUGUAAUUUUGGAGGAUGUGAAUGACAACCGACCCCUGUUCAACAGCACCAAUUAUGUUUUUUAUUUCAAAGAAGAGCAAGCUGCUGGCUCAUUUGUUGGUCAUGUGUUUGCGGAAGACAAGGAUUUUGGACCUAAUGGCCUUGUAAGAUAUGCUUUUGACAGCCCACAGCAACACUUUGAACUGAACAGCCUAUCUGGAGCGUUAACCAGCACACAACAGUUGGACAGAGAGGUGUUAAUGCGACAGAGGGGAGCGGCUGUUUUCAGCUUUACAGUUGCAUCGUCAGACCAAGGAGAACCCAGACCAUUGAAAGAUCAUGCCAAAGUACAAGUGUACAUACAAGAUAUUAAUGACAAUUCACCCAAAUUUACAAAAGAUAUUUAUAAAGCUAGCAUUUCUGAAUCCGCACUAAACAUGACACAAGUGUUAAGAGUUUCAGCCUCAGAUGUUGAUGAAGGCAAAAAUGGUCUGCUCCACUACUAUAUCAGCAGUGGCAAUGAAGAAAAAAAGUUUGCAAUCGACAGUAGCACAGGGCAGGUGACACUGAUCAGCCGACUUGACCACGAAGCUACGGCUUCUUAUAGUCUGACCAUAUUGGCCACCGAUUCUGGACAUGUACCUCUUUCAUCAUCUUGUACGCUCAGCAUCACGGUGUUAGAUGAAAAUGACAACCCACCUUCAUUCCCAAAAUCCACCUUGAUUGUGGAUGUCCUAGAAAACAUGAGAAUUGGGGAGCUGGUGGCAUCUGUUACAGCCACUGACUCUGACUCGGGUGACAAUGCGGAAAUAAUUUACAUGAUCACUGCUACUAACAGCCAUGGGACAUUCAGUAUCAGCCCAAACACAGGGAGCAUAUUUCUUGUUAGGAAACUGGAUUAUGAAACACAGUCCCUUUAUACCCUGAACAUAACUGCUAUGGACAAAGGGAGGCCUCCAAAGUCAUCUUCGGUGUCAUUAGUUAUACAAGUCAGAGACUUUAAUGACAACCCACCUAGUUUCCCUCCUGAUGACAUUUUCAAAUCCAUUAUAGAAAAUAUUCCAAUUGGUACUUCAGUAAUGUCGGUCACUGCCCAUGACACGGAUGCAGAUAUAAAUGGUGAGCUGGAAUAUUCAAUAAUUCAGCAGACUCCAAGGGGAAAUCACUUUGUCAUUGACCCCAUGACUGGGACAAUAUUUACUCAUUCAGAAAUUGACAGAGAAUUUUCAAAUCUGUUUGAGUUAACUAUCAAAGCCACCGAUCAGGCUGUUCCAGUGGAAUUUAGGCGUUCUGCUUUCAAGAAUGUAACUAUCUGGGUGACAGAUGUUAAUGAUAAUGGACCGGUAUUCAUCUCCCAGAAUGCUCUGGUUGCAGAGCCGAGUGUUGUCAUUGGCUCGAUCCUCACUACAAUUGUGGCUUUUGACCCAGAUGAAGGUGCCAAUGGCGAAGUGGAGUAUGAGCUGGUUGGCGGAAACUCUGAUACGUUUAGCAUGGAUCGCUAUAGUGGAGACAUCAGAGUGGCCUCUCCUCUGGUUCCUUCCAAACUUCUGUACAGCCUUAUUGUUUCUGCUGCUGACCUGGGAGCAGAGAGGAGAACCUCUAGCACAGAGCUGACCAUCAUUCUGCAGGGAUCUGAAGGGCCUGUGUUUUCACAACCUAAAUACAUUACUAUAAUUAGGGAAGGAGAACCAGUCGGGACUAAUGUCAUAUCACUGGAUGCAUCUAGUCCCAGAGGUAUGGAGGCAUUAGUGGAAUUUUACAUUGUGUCGGUACGCUGCAAUGGAAAAACUGUUGGCAGGCUGUUCACCAUAGGGCGACAUACUGGCAUCAUUCAGACGGCUGCAGUCUUAGACCGGGAGAGGGGCUCCAACUUGUACCUUGUGGAUGUUUAUGCAAUAGAGACAGAUUCCAGUCUGCCUCGGACACAGAGGGCUGAGGUUGAAAUAACUUUGCAGGAUAUCAAUGACAAUCCCCCAGUCUUCCCAAGUGAUAUGCUGGAUCUUACGGUUGAGGAAAAUAUUGGUGAUGGGUUUAAGAUAAUGCAGCUGACAGCUACAGAUGCCGAUGAGGGAGCUAAUGCUCUUGUGACAUAUGCAAUUAUUAGUGGAGCAGAUGACAGCUUCCGCAUUGAUCCGGAAUCUGGAGACCUGAUUGCCACUAAACGUUUGGACAGAGAACGUCGUUCAAAGUACUCAUUGCUGGUGAGGGCUGAUGAUGGUCUACAGUCUUCAGAUAUGAGAAUAAAUAUCACAGUUAGUGAUGUUAAUGAUCACAUUCCCAAAUUCUCCAGAAAUGUAUACUCGUUUGACAUACCAGAAGACACUACACCAGGAUCUAUUGUGGCAGCCAUUCUGGCAAGUGAUGCAGAUUCUGGUGUCAAUGGUGAGAUCACAUACUCUGUGGUGGAGGAUGAUCAAGAUGGAGUGUUCUUCUUAAACCCAGUGACAGGAGUCUUUAAUGUGACUCAGCCUUUAGACUACGAAAUCCAACAGUACUUCAUUCUUACCGUUCAGGCUGAGGAUGAUGGCAAGCAGUUCAGUACUGUGAGAGUUUAUUUCAAUAUCCUUGAUGUCAAUGACAAUCCUCCAGUCUUCAGCUCUGCGGCAUACAGUGUUUCUAUUAUGGAAAAUCUGCCUCCUGGAUCCACAGUUCUCACCAUAAAAGCCACUGAUGCAGAUGAUGGUCCGAACUCUCAGAUGUCAUUCAGCAUUACUUCAGGAGAUCCACUUGCUCAAUUUGACAUUGACAACAAUGGAGUUUUGAAGACCAAGCAGAAUCUGGACCGGGAAUCACAGUCGUAUUAUAACCUUAUGGUAACAGUUCAUGACAUGGCUCUUCACCCAACAGUAAGAUUUACUAGCUCUGCACAAGUGUCCAUUAUUUUAUUGGAUGUUAAUGACUGCCCACCAAGCUUCACUUCACAGAAGAUCACCUACAUACAAGAGAAUACGCCUGUGGAUACAGAGGUCUUUACAGCCCAAGCCUUCGACUCUGACAGUGGUCCAAACAGCUAUAUUGAAUACUCUCUGCCCAGCUUUUUAGGAAGCAGGUUUAGCAUUGGACCAAUUAAUGGGAAAGUUAAACUCACAGGAGAACUUGACAGAGAACAGUUUUCAAACUAUACAGUAACUAUCAUUGCAAAAGAUAAGGGCGAUCCACCCCUUUCCUCAUCUAUGGAUGUUACCAUAAUUGUUUUGGAUGUCAAUGACAACAGCCCUGUUUUUACACAGGGAAUGUACAAGGUUGAAAUUAGCGAGAGCACCCUGAGUGGCACAGACCUUGUUCAGGUAAUCGCAACUGAUGCUGAUGAAGGAGUCAAUGGGCAAGUGCGAUUUUCCAUCAAUGGGGGGAACAAUAAUGGAGAUUUCAGGAUAGACACUGUUACUGGGGUCAUUUCUGUUGCAAAGUCACUGGAUCGAGAGAAACAACCUUCAUAUUCAUUGCUGGUUCAAGCAACUGACCGUGGAAGUAAUCCCAGGACAGACACCACCAUUGUGGACAUAGUUUUGCUGGAUGAGAAUGAUUAUGUGCCUGUGUUUGAACAGCCUUUCUACACAGUGAAUGUGAAGGAAAAUUUAAAAAAUCUUCCUCUAAGUGUUUUACAGGUACAUGCAAAUGAUGAAGAUCUUGCUCAGAAUAGCCAGCUAAGCUACAGCCUUGUAAGUGGAAAUGAAGAUGGUGACUUCAGCUUGUCACCAGGAGGACAACUCAGUCUGAUCAAGAGUCUUGAUCGUGAGGCCAAGGAAAAAUACAUUCUAAUUGUUACAAGCACGGAUUCAGGUACCCCAGCUCUUACUGGCACAGGGACGGUGACUGUUUUAGUUGAUGAUGUGAAUGACAACAUUCCAGUUUUUGCUUCCAACACCUUCCAUACCAGUGUACCUGAAGACACUCCGACUGGCUCUGAUGUGCUUCUUGUAAAUUGCUCCGAUGCUGAUACAGGCCUAAAUGCUGUAAUAAGUUACAGUCUUACCGGGGGCAACUCCCAGUUCUCUAUAAACCCUUCUACUGGACAAAUUAUCAUGAGUUCCUUAUUGGAUCGAGAAGUAAAAAAGGAUUACGAACUUGUUGUAGUUGCACAUGAUGGAGGACGUCCCCUGGCCUUGUCCAGCUCUGCCAUAGUUUCUGUUACUAUAUCAGAUGUCAAUGAUAACCCACCAAGAUUCCAUCAUCAUCCAUAUGUGACACAUAUUGGUGCGUCUACGUCAGCAGGUUCACUUGUUUUUGCAGUUACUGUGACAGAUGCAGACGCUGGCUCUAAUGCUCAACUUCAUUAUUCACUGAUGGGUCGAAAUUCUGAAAAGUUUCAAAUUGAUCCAGUGCGUGGAGCCAUUACCGCAGCUGAAAAACUUUCAGGAGGUUCUGAAGUAACUUUUGCAGUUCAUGUAAAAGAUGGAGGAAUAUAUCCCAAAUCUGACAGCACAACUGUUACUGUGAGAUUUGUCACAGACCAAGAUUUUCCAUACAUCAAGCCAGGGCAAACCCAUUUCAUGUUCCCCGAAAACCAGGCUGUCAAUACACUGGUCACUACAUUUUCUGGAUCUUCAACUAGAGCAGCACCUUUGUCGUAUUUCAUAGCCAGUGGUAAUCUUGACAGUGCAUUUCAUAUUGACCAGCAGACUGGAGAGCUUUCCAUUAAAAAACCCUUGGACUUUGAAAAUAUACAGAAAUAUAUCCUUUGGAUUGAAGCCAGAGAUCAGGGUUUCCCACCAUUUUCUUCUUAUGAAAAAGUAGAAAUAACAAUAAUAGAUGUAAAUGACAACUAUCCAGUAUUCAAACAAGAAUCAUUUAGCGCAACCAUCCUGGAAAAUUUGCCUACACAGAAAGUUAUUUUUGUUGUAGCUGUAGACACAGAUAGUGGUCUUAAUGGACAAUUAGAGUAUACAAUCACGGAUGGAAACCAUGGAAACAGUUUUACUAUUAACAAAGCCACUGGAGAAAUUAAGAGCAAUGGACCUCUCGAUCGAGAAAAAGAAGCCCAGUAUUUGCUGAUAGUUAAAGCUACUGACAAGGGCUCUCCUCCUAAAUCUGCCACAGUCAAAGUUAUUAUUCGUGUAUUGGAUGUGAAUGAUAAUGCACCCAAAUUUUCCAAAAUUUUCAGUGCUCAUAUACCUGAAAAUGCACCCCUGGGAUCCAUAGUGACUUGUGUCACCACCUCAGAUGAAGAUACUGGAUCAAAUGCAGUGAGCCGGUAUUCCUUAGCAGACACAAGCCUACCCUUUUCAAUCAAUUCAGACACUGGGGAUAUUACUGUAAGCCGACCUCUUAACAGAGAAGAUACAGAGCGCUAUAUUGUAAGAGUUUCAGCUCAUGAUUCUGGAUGGACAGUAAGCACAGAUGUUUCAAUAUUUGUAACAGACGUUAAUGAUAACUCUCCUCGUUUUAGUCGGCCAUCAUAUUACCUUGAUUACCCUGAGCUUACUGCAAUUGGAUCAAAGGUCACUCAAGUCUCAGCUACUGAUCCUGAUACAGGUUCUAAUGGUCAGAUAUUUUACUUUAUAAGAUCACAGUCGGAAUAUUUUAGAAUAAAUUCAUCCACUGGUGAAAUUUUUACUAAGCAGUACAUCAAAUAUCAAAAUUUAACCGGCAUAAGCAAUGUAAACAUCAACCGGCACAGUUUUAUUGUUACAGCUUCUGACCGUGGUGUUAUACCUCUUUUGAGUGAGGCAACUGUGAUUGUCAACAUUGUGGACAGCAAUGAUAAUCCACCAAAGUUUCAAACUGUUGCCUACUUUACACCUGUAACAAAGAGUGUGAGGCCUGGAACGAAGUUAAUAAGAGUUGUUGCUUCUGAUGACAAAGACUUUGGUGUCAAUUCUGAUAUUGAAUAUUUUAUAACAAAGGGUAACAGUUCAAACAAGUUUCAUUUAGACAGACACAGUGGUUGGGUAAGCGUUUCUUCUUCACUUAUGACUGACGUUAAUAAACUUUACCUAGCAGAGAUAACUGCAAAAGAUAAAGGCAACCCACCACUCUCUGCUCAAGCAACCCUCCGGAUUAUUGUUACGGAAGAGAACCACCAUACUCCAGAAUUUUCCCAAAGUCACAUCACCAUGAGCAUACCAGAGAGCCUUACAGUUGGAACAGUGAUAAGAACUGUUUCCGCAAGAGACAAAGACAGAGACAUGAACGGGUUUGUUAAGUACAAUAUUACUUCUGGAAAUGACAUGGGCCUUUUCGCAAUAAACAGUUCUUCAGGUGCCUUAAUUUUAGCUAAAAUGCUGGAUUUUGAAGAUCAGGAAAUUCACGAACUGAGGAUCAGUGCAACAGAUAAUGGCUGGAUUCCAAACACUGGUUUCAUCACGAUUACCAUUCAUGUUACAGAUGUGAAUGAUAAUUCUCCUCUCUUUAACCCUGAUGAGUACUUUCCAGUUGUAAUGGAAAACGCCCCAAGUGGCACCACUGUUGUAAAAAUGAAUGCUACUGAUAAAGACUCGGGCACAAAUGCCAUGACUGCGUACACGAUUCAGUCUUCAGACAGUGAUUUAUUUGUAAUAGAUCCAAAUACUGGAAUUAUUACCACUCAGGGUUUCCUUGACUAUGAAGCAAGGCAAAGUUAUCAUUUAACUGUAAAAGCUUUCAAUGUCCCAAAUGAAGAGCGGUGCAGUUUUGCCAAUGUAAACAUCCAGUUGAAAGGUGCUAAUGAAUAUGUUCCCAGAUUCGUAUCAAAGCAAUAUUAUUUUGAGGUUUCAGAGGCUGCACCCCUCGGAACAGUUAUUGGAGAAGUUUUUGCAAGUGACAGAGAUCUUGGAGUGGAUGGAGAAGUCCACUACUUAAUAUUUGGGAAAAGCAGAAUGAAAGGUUUCAGCAUCAAUAAAAAGACUGGACAAGUUUAUGUGUCUGGACAUCUUGAUCGUGAAAAAGAAGAAAAGAUCUCUUUAAGGGUACUAGCCAAGAACACCGGGAGCAUUAAGGGCACGGAUAUUGAUGAGGUCAUUGUUAAUAUCACAGUCCUAGAUGCUAAUGACCCACCUGUUUUCAACUCUGACUUAUACAAUGUCAAAAUCAGUGAAGGCUUUUCCCCUGGCACUCAUGUAAUCUUUGUCAAUGCUUUUGACUCUGACUCUGUACCCAAUUGGAGUAGGUUUUCUUAUUUUCUGGGCUCAGGAAAUGAAAACAAUGCCUUCACAAUUAAUCCUCAGACAGGGCAGGUCUCAGUUGCUUCAGAGCUGGAUAGAGAGUCUACCCCUGUUUACAAUUUGUCUGUUUUAGCAGUAGAUUCUGGAUCACCACCUGCAACUGGAAGUGCCAGCCUCAUAGUGACAUUAGAGGACGUCAACGACAAUGGACCUACGCUAAUCAGUACAGUUGCAGAGGUUUCUGAAAAUGAACGGGCAGGAACCAUUGUAGCAACUCUAAACUCCACAGAUUGUGAUCUACCUCCAAACCAAGGGCCCUUUACCUAUAACUUACUUAGCACAGAACCUAGUUCCAAUUAUUUUAGCCUUAGCCCCAAUGGAGUUCUGUCUACAUCCAGAGAAAUUGACAGAGAAACAAUAAGUGAUUUCUAUUUGUCUGUAAUGAUCAGAGACUCUGGUGUCCCACAAAUGUCUUCAACCGGAACCAUCCAUGUUAAGAUCAAUGACAAAAAUGACAACCCCUCUGAGACUAGAUCAGUUGAAGUCUUUGUUUAUUAUUUUGGAAAUGUAUUUCCUGGUGGAAUUCUAGGCACUGUCAAACCUCAAGAUCCAGAUGUACUGGACACUUUCCGUUGCUCUCUUGCUUCAGGAGUCACAAGUUUGUUUAGUAUAGCAGCUGACACUUGUGAUUUAAAAUCUCAGUCAAGGUCUUCUGAAGGAACAUUUGAUUUAACAGUCCACAGUAAUGAUGGUCUUCACGGAACAGUUACAAGCAAUGUUCGGGUGUUUUUUAUUGGAUUUAGUAAUGUCACUAUUGACAACAGUAUCCUUCUCCAUCUACAAGUAGAGAGUGUCACUAGCUUGCUAACCCAUCAUUACCUUAGGUUUUUGCGAAUUGCUAACUCACAGCUUGCUGGCAGGGGGACUGGUGUUCAGCUAUAUGGGGCAUUUGAACACAGUAACAAAACUUUGCUUAUGGCUGCCAUUAAACGCAGUUAUAACCAGUAUGUUAACCCCAGUGGAGUAGCUACAUUCUUUGAAAGCAUAAAAGACAUUCUCCAAAGACAGAGUGGUGUGCACAUUAAUUCAGUUGACUAUGACCCUUGCAUACAUAAUCCUUGUCAUAACGGUGGAAGCUGCAAGAAGCAUCUGAGUGUCGGCCAUAGUCCAAUAAGAGAAGAGAGCAUGCCGGUAAUCAUUGUGUCUAAUGAGCCAAUGCCACCGUAUAUCUGCAACUGCAUGCCUGGAUAUACUGGAACCUUGUGUGAAGCCGACAUCGAUGAAUGCCUUCCACUUCCAUGUCACAAUGGUGGAACCUGUCAUAAUUUGGUUGGUGGAUUUUCCUGUAGUUGCCCAGAAGGAUUCACAGGAAUGGCAUGUGAAAGGGAUAUCAACGAAUGCCUGUCAAACCCCUGUAAGAAUGGUGCACAUUGCCAGAACUUUCCAGGAGGUUUCAAUUGUGUGUGCAAAAAUGGAUAUACAGGAAAAACUUGUGACUCCGCCAUCAAUUACUGUGAAUGUAAUCCUUGUUUUAAUGGGGGAUCCUGUCAGAAUGGAGUGGAUGGCUAUUACUGUCAUUGUCCAUUUGGUGUCUUUGGCAAGCACUGUGAGCUGAACAGCUAUGGUUUUGAAGAGUUAUCGUAUAUGGAAUUCCCAAGUUUGGAUCCAAAUAACAAUUACAUCUACAUCAAGUUUGCAACUAUUAAGAGUAAUGCCCUCUUACUGUAUAACUAUGAUAAUCAGACGGGAGAUAAAGCUGAAUUUCUGGCUUUGGAAACAUAUGAAGGAAGAAUGAGAUUCUCAUUUAACCUUGGAAGUGGAACUUAUAAAUUAAUGGCUAUGAAGAAGGUUUCUGAUGGACAGUUUCACACUGUCAUUGCUCGGAGAACAGGAAUGGCUGCAUCCCUGACUGUAGAUUCCUGUACUGAAGACCAGGAACCUGGAUACUGUGCUGUUAGUAAUGUGGCUGUUCAUAAAGACUGGACGUUGGAUGUACAACCAAAUAGACUCACUGUUGGAGGAAUCAGUUCCAUAGAUCCAAUUUUGUCUAGGAAAGGACAAGUGGCCAGCCAUGAUUUUGUUGGGUGCAUCAUGGAAUUUGCCAUUAAUGGGCGUCCAUUGGAACCAAGCCAAGCAGUAACAUCUCAAGGAAUUGUGGACAGAUGCCCAAGAUUAGAAGGAGCAUGUGCAACAAAUCUUUGUAAGCAUGGUGGCACCUGUGUUGACAACUGGUCUUGGCAGCAAUGUCAAUGCACAGAUGGCUUUACUGGACGAUUUUGUGAAAAAUUCAUGAAUGCUGAUACAGCUUUGUCACUGGAUGGAAUUGGACGCCUGGAUUACACUUUGAGUCAAAGUAAAAAGCGUAACUCUUUGCUAAAACAAAGUUUAAGAGAUCCUGCCUAUGAUCCAGUUGGUCCAACUAACCUUGAUAUGAAGUUCAGGACAAGAAGCAAAAAUGGAAUAUUAUUUCACGUUCAGGAAAGCAGUAAUUAUACUACAGUGAAGAUUAAAAAUGGAAAGUUACAUUAUAUCUCGGAUGCUGGAGUCGGUGGGAAGGUUGAGAGAAACAUUCCAGAAUUAUUGGUGUCAGAUGGCCAAUGGCAUAUCUUUGAGCUUGUGAAGAAUGGCUCAAUUACAUCAAUUUCUCUUGAUCACACCUAUAAAAGGGAAAUUCCUCACAGUACACAGGACUUUGGGGGAUUGAAUGUUUUAACCCUUUCCCUAGGUGGGGUCCCUGCUGGUACAUCACCUCAAAGCUCUACCACAGGGUUUGAAGGAUGUUUUGCUUAUGUAAAUUACAAUGGAGAGUAUCUGCCAUUCAGUGGAGAGCACACGGCAGCUACAAUAACAAAAACGCAUCCCUCAAUCAAAAUUGGUUGCAGAGGUCCAAAUGUGUGCGCCAGUAACCCUUGCAUGGGAGGACUGAUGUGUGUCAAUCAAUGGCAUGCCUUUGAGUGCGUUCCACCAGGGGACUGCAGUGCACUACCCUGUAAGAAUGGAGGAAGCUGUGAACCCAGUGGCCAUUCUGGAUUUACAUGCACUUGUCCAGAGUUUUAUACUGGAAAAACCUGUGAAACUGUAGUAGCCUGUCUUGGUGUGCAGUGUCCGCAGGGCACCACCUGUAAAACAGGGUCAAAUGGAGGCUUCAUCUGUGCUUCAAGUCCUCAAACAGACCAGACAUUCCUGCCGAUAUGGGCUGUUCCUGCCAUUGUGGGAAGUUGUGCUACUGCUUUAGCUUUAGUUGUGCUGGGAUUAAUCUUAUGCAAUCACUGUAGGGGAAGAAAAACAAAAGUGCCAAACGAAGAGAAGAAACCAAAGGAAAAGAAGAAAAAAGGUAGUGAGAAUGUUGCCUUUGACGAUCCAGAUAACAUACCUCCUUAUGGAGAUGACAUGACUGUAAGGAAACAGCCUGAAGGUAAUCCUAAACCUGAUAUCAUUGAAAGAGAGAACCCCUAUCUAAUUUAUGAUGAAACAGACAUUCCACAUAAUACAGAGACUGUGCCAAGUGCUCCAUGUGUGGGUCCUGAAGCAGACAUUGAACAUUAUGAUAUUGAAAAUGCUAGCAGUAUCGCACCUUCAGAUGCUGAUAUUAUUCAACACUAUAAACAGUUUCGUAGUCACACUCCAAAAUUCUCCAUCCAAAGGCAUAGUCCACUAGGAUUUGCAAGGCAAUCUCCACUACCUUUGGGUGCAAGCAGCUAUUCCUACCAGCCCUCAUAUAGCCAAGGGCUUAGAUCAGCUCCUUUGAGCCACACUGCAUGCCCUAAUCCUAAUCCUCUAUCUCGGCACAGUCCUGCUCCUUUCACCAAGCCAUCCUCAUUUUACCGGAAUAGCCCAGCAAGAGAACUGCAGCUAUCCCGAAGAGAAGGGAGUCCUUUAGAUCUGCAUAAUGAAGUAUGCCAACCUGGUAUUUUCAACUAUGCAACUCGACUUGGAAGGAGAAGCAAAAGUCCCCAAACAAUGGCAGGACAUGGCUCCCGGCCUGGGAGUCGCCUUAAGCAGCCAAUAGAGCAAAUUCCUCUGGAGACUGGGCCUCCGGUGGGUCUUUCUAUAGAAGAAGUCGAAAGACUAAACACACCACGCCCAAGGAAUCCUAGCAUUUGCAGUGCUGAUCAUGGGAGAUCUUCAUCAGAUGAAGACUGCAGGAGACCCCUCUCAAGAAUUAGAAAUCCUGCAGAUGGAAUUCCAGCUCCAGAGUCAUCUUCAGAGAGUGAUUCUCAUGAUUCUUUUACAUGCUCCGAGAUGGAAUACGACAGGGAGAAGCCCACAGUGUAUUCUUCCAGGAUGCCUAAAUUGUCACAAGUCAAUGAGUCUGAUGGAGAUGAUGAAUAUUACAGCACAAGGCUCAAACAGAGGAGGUACCCUAGCCGCAGAGCGGAGGGUGGUCCAAGUAGCCAAGCUCUUCCUUCUGAACAGUAUAUAUUGUCCCAAAAACUGGGACAACAAGCUGGAAAUUUCAAUUGGGACAAUCUUUUAAACUGGGGCCCAGGUUUUGGGCAUUAUGUUGAUGUUUUUAAGGACCUAGCAUCCCUUCCUGAGAACACUGCAGCAAAAGAAAUUGAAAUGAAUAGUGGAGAUGGAGCUGUAGCAACUUCAAAUGAAGGGGAAACAGAGCAAUAUAUAUAGACAUUAUUUAAAUUGACUGUCAAAUUCAAUGCUGAAAAAUAUGCAUUUAACCUUGAUUAAACUAAUAAGUUAAACAUGUUUUUCCCCAGUGGACUACAUUAUAUCUGCAUAGGAGACAUGUUUUGGACUUGGUCUUCCUUCAAAUGCAGAAAUGCAGCUGCGGAAAAAAAAAAACAAAAAACAAAAUCUGUCCUUUUUGGAAAAGAUAUCCACCUUUUUCUUUUGUAAAUGUAAUUUAGUAAAAUGUUAACAAGACUUUAAACUGUUGCCUUUGUUUUUGAAAAGGUGCAGUUCUCUGAGUAAGCCUUGGAUUUUACAAAUAAGUGAAACAACAGUAUUUUGCUUUUGAAUUGACAAGCUGUUAUCACAGCUUAAUUUAUGUAGGUAUCUGUACAAUUUAGUAUUAUUCUACCCUUCAUCUGAGGAAAGCACACAUUUGUUCUUCAGUUUCAUUGUUUUGCUUUUGGUUUGGAAGCAACCAUAUGUAUCUGAUCUCCAGCACAUGAUGUAUUUUAUCCAGUCGUUCGCACUACAAUGAACACAUGAAUUGGCCAGCACUUUAAAUCACUACUGCCAAUAUUAUGUGAAAAUGUAAUAAAGAUCCCUUUGAUAUGUUUUCUCUCACAGUAUCAGCAAAAUAUUUGAGGGGUAAAGGUUAAAAAG